AUGAGAAAAAAGCUUACUACAAAGCCUAUUUUCUUACGUUAUCAUGCUUGCAGAACGAUUUACUAUCAUGGUUUUCUUGCCGAAGCUGUCACGUACAACGACGACGACGAGGAAUACGAGCAAGAGAGUCCAGGAAACGGCGGCUUCAAUCCACUGUACACACUCAGGAAAUACAUUUACGGAUACGGAGAGGAGGAUGCGAACGGAGAGUAUCGUAGAAACGUCAAGGACGAUGAACUGGAGAACUGGAAAGGUCGAUGGAUGCCUGACAGACCAGAUGAUCCACUUCCUCCGCCUAAAAUAUUUCCAGAAAAUGAACGAGGAGACUUAUCGGUACAUUCCCUUCAUGGAAUUCCAAUGGGACAACCCUCUGCUACCUGUGAUGAUGCCAAGACAAACUUGACAUUAGAUUGGGAUGGAAGUCCCAUCAACCACACCUGUUACGACAAGAAAAUAGUACCAGACAGAGAAACCCUGGCAUUCAAAUACUGCUUACACAUACCAAAGUAUUACGUCGCGAUGCACAAAUGCAUGUACGAGAAGAUAGAGUACGACGACGACGUGCCACUAUACGGAGCGCACAGACCUUUAUGGCCAGUCUAUGGAGAGUACAAAUUUUUGCCCAAACAACGAUGGCUGCACAGCCUGGAGCAUGGAGCCAUCGUGGCGUUGUAUCAUCCGUGUGCCAAUCCGUUGGAGGUGAAACGCCUGAAAAAUCUGGUCACCGGCUGCUUGCGACGACAUAUUAUUACUCCUAGUAAUGCGUUGAGUGAACAGCGUCCAUUAGCCGUGGUCUCCUGGGGAUGCAGACUGACGAUGUCACGCGUAGAUCCUUCACUGGUGAUCGAGUUCAUACGCGGACACGCCCUUCAAGGACCAGAGAACAUCUCCAAAGACGGUGAUUUUGAAGAGGGUCUGUUGUACAGAGCCAGAACAGUGUCCGACUUGAACGACACGACCUUAUGCCCGAACGCGAUCGACGUUUAACCUCGCCAACAUAUAUACACACCUCUGCGUGUACAUAUCGCAUUACUUCAUUAUUUAUUUACUGUAUCUUGCUUGGAACCGUUUCUAACGAGGUUGAAUAAAACGAUGCGCUGAAACGAUGGUCUUCCGUAUCUGUCCGUCUCAAGAAGGGCGAAACGAAUGAACGUCCGAUGUACUCCCGUUACAUAUUGUAUAUUGUUCAUCUUUCGAGAGAAGAUCGUUAAAUACAUUGAACAUCGUGUCGGUUUUUAAAAUCUCUUUGCGGACCUUUGUUAUCUACAAACGUAUAGUAACUUGACUCGUAGUGCUGCUGACUAUAAUCGUUAUUCCUGCGAAUACGUAUCUUCGAUGAUAUAUAAAAUUAAGGUAAGACAGGUAACGCUACGAUAUUUCGUUAAUGUAAAAUAUACUACUCGUCUACUCAAUAGUAAGUCGUUAACGUAAAAGAAUAGAAUUGUACAGCAAACGCUUGGCUUCGUUUUCGCUUUAGUAAUAGAACGGUGGAUCAAAAGGUGAUUUGACAACGCGAGGGGAAAUCGGUUCGCGAGACCGAAAACGACGAAUCUCCAACGGUUCUAUACUUCGCGUUCGGAAGCCUUCGUCGACUCUCGGCCGCGCUCGGCCGUCUUCGUUACUUUUCGCUCCCUUCGCUACUUUUCCCGCUUUGUGCAUUUCCUUGGCGACGAUUUCGCCCUCGCGUUACUCGAGGAGGCUAAACGUUACGACGGUGGAGGAUUCUUAAGAUUAUUGCCAACUUUGUACAGUAUCGAUUAAUAAUAUAAUGAUAAUAACAGUGAUAUAUCGUAUUAAAGACGGAAACGAAAUAACGAUCUAUCGUUUUCAAGAGAGAGAGAGACAGAGAGAAAGAGAAAGAGAAACAUAUACAGAGAGAGAGAGAGAGAAACGAAAAUUCGCGUACAACUGAUAGGCAGAAAAAACACCGUUGAUUUUAUUUAAUAAGUCACCGUUAAUACAGAUCUCUGUCUUUUUUUUGCUAGUUUUAUUUUACGAAUUUUUCCCUAUAUGAUGUAUUCUACGAUAAAAAGUAUUCUCGUACUUUUCUUUGAACGUGCUAAAGUUUUGCUGCCUUAUAUUUCGCUCGCCCCAGUUGUUCGAGGGCCUCCAAUGCGCGGGGCAUCUUUGGAAGAUUUCCCUCGCGUACAA